GAUUAUAUUUUAAUCAUGCCUGAACCAGCCAAGUCCGCUCCUAAGAAAGGCUCCAAGAAGGCCGUCACCAAGACCGCCGCCGGUAAAGGAGGAAAGAAGCGCAGAAAGAGCAGGAAGGAGAGCUAUGCUAUCUACGUGUACAAAGUACUGAAGCAGGUUCAUCCCGACACCGGGAUCUCUUCUAAGGCGAUGGGGAUCAUGAACUCUUUCGUCAACGACAUCUUCGAGCGCAUCGCCGGUGAAGCGUCUCGUCUCGCUCACUACAACAAGCGCUCCACCAUCACCUCGAGAGAGAUCCAGACCGCCGUGCGUCUGCUGCUGCCCGGAGAACUGGCCAAACACGCCGUGUCUGAGGGAACCAAGGCCGUCACCAAGUACACCAGCUCCAAGUAGAGAUCUGCUCCAGCUCUACGAAACACAAAGGCUCUUUUAAGAGCCACCCAUCUUAUCACUUAAAGAGCUUGCUAUACA